UGUCUGCGGGACCCGCGACGUCGCGACGCGUCAACAAUGGCGACUGCGUCAACAAUGGCGACUGCGUCAGCGUGAGCGGGCCUCCGUUGUCAAGCGGUUUCCAGACGUUGUGGCGGGACCCGCUGUCGUCUUAGAAUCGGCCGCCGGGGAGCACAGAGCACCUUGUGCCCGCUCCCGCCGCGUUGUGGCUCGAGUGGCGGUGUCAAGAUCCAGCGGGGCGAGCUAGCGUCACUUCGGCCUCUUCGCUCUCCCGGACACUGCACCUGGGCUAAGUCGGCAACAUGAGCAACAACUUGGAUGAGAACGACGAGUUUGAUGAGCAGUUGCGAAUGCAAAAAUUGUACGGAGGCUCUGAGGACGGCGACACCGAGAAAGAUCCCGGUGGAGAAAACGAUUCUUUCCAGCAGCAGCCGACUGACACCCCAUACGAGUGGGACCUGGAUAAGAAGGCUUGGUUCCCCAAGAUCACUGAAGAUUUUAUUGCUACAUAUCAGGCCAGUUAUGGCUUUUCUAACGAUGGUGCGUCUAGUUCUACUGCGAAUGUCCAAGAUGUCAGUGCUAGGACUGCAGAGGAACCUCCGCAAAGAAAAUCCCCCGAACCCAGUGAUACCAAAAAGAGGGGAGAAAAGAGAAAGGGUGAAUCAGGAUGGUUUCAUGUUGAAGAAGGCAGAAACACAAAUGUGUAUGUUUCUGGUUUGCCUCCAGAUAUUACAGUGGAUGAAUUUAUACAGCUCAUGUCCAAGUUUGGCAUUAUUAUGAGAGAUCCUCAAACAGAAGAAUUUAAGGUCAAGCUUUACAAAGAUAAUCAAGGAAAUCUUAAAGGAGAUGGACUUUGCUGUUAUUUGAAGAGAGAAUCUGUGGAUCUUGCAUUAAAACUUUUGGAUGACGAUGAAAUUAGAGGCUACAAAUUACAUGUAGAGGUGGCAAAGUUUCAACUGAAAGGGGAAUAUGACGCCUCAAAGAAGAAAAAGAAGUGCAAAGACUACAAGAAAAAGCUGUCUAUGCAACAAAAGCAGUUGGAUUGGAGACCUGAGAAAAGAGCUGGCCCGUCCCGACUGCGCCACGAGCGAGUUGUCAUCAUCAGAAAUAUGUUUCAUCCUAUAGAUUUUGAGGAUGAUCCACUGGUGCUGAACGAGAUCAGAGAAGACCUUCGGGUGGAAUGUUCGAAGUUUGGACAAGUUAGGAGGCUCCUCCUCUUUGAUAGACACCCUGAUGGUGUGGCCUCUGUGUCCUUUAGGGAUCCGGAGGAAGCUGAUUAUUGUAUUCAGACCCUCAAUGGAAGGUGGUUUGGUGGCCGUCAAAUCACUGCCCAAGUGUGGGAUGGGACUACAGAUUAUCAGGUGGAGGAGACCACGAGAGAAAGGGAGGAAAGGCUGAGAGGAUGGGAGGUUUUCCUCAACACUCCCGAAGCCAACAGAGGCCUUCAGCGUUCAGAUUCCGUCUGGGCUCCAGAAAGGGUGGGGCCUUCUAGAAUGAGGCAUUUUUCAGAGCUCCCUUGCACAUCUCAAACGAAUGUUCAAGAAGCCGCAACUGAAAUGGCAUUUGAAGAACCUAUAGAUGAAAAGAAGUUUGAAAAAACAGAAGAUGGGGGAGAAGUUGAAGAAGCUGCUUCUGAAAAAGAUGCUAAAGAAAGUGGCCCUGAAAAAGAGGCUGAAAAAGGCUGUCCCCAAAAAGAAUCUGAAGAGAGCUGCCUCAAAAGAGAGUUUGAGGAAGGCUGUCCCAAAAGAGCGCGUGAAGAAGACUUCCCCGACAGAGAGUCCGGAGAACGCAGCCCCGAGAAAGAGCAUGAAGAGGGUAGUCCUAAAAAAGAGUCGAAAGAGAAUGGUGCAGAAAGAGAGCCCAAAAAGAAGAGACUCAAAACAGAUCCUGAUGAGAACAGCCUUGAGCAGGAGCCUGAGGAGGCGGCCAGCCCCCAGAAGGCGGCUGAAGAUGGCAGCUCAGAGCAAGGGUCUGAAGAGUGCUCGGAAAAGCAGUUUGAAGACGACUCCGAAAAAGAGUUAGAAGAAAACGGCCUUGAGAAAGGUUUUGAGGAAGAGGGCUCGGAGAAGGAACUUAAUGAAAACAUUCUUGAGAAAGAGGUAGAAGAAAAUAACUCUGAAAAAUCAGAAUUCGAAGAUGACAGCUCUGGGAAAAUGUUUGAUGAAGAAGGCUCUGAGAAGGAGUUUGACGAAGAGUCAGAUGAGAAGGAAGAAGAGGAAGAUGUGUAUGAAAAAGUAUUUGACGACGAGUCGGAUGAAAAAGAGGACAAAGAAGUUGCAGAAGAAAAGGGGCUGGAAGAUGUGGUUGAAAAGGACAAAGACGACGAUGCAGAUGAAAAGGUGUUUGAAGAUUCAGAUGGAAAAGAAGAUGAGGAAGAUGCAGAUGUAAAGGAAGAUGAAGACACAGAUGAAAAGAUGUUCGAAGAUGAUGAUUCCAACGAGAAGUUGUUUGAUGACGAUGCCAGUGACAAUUUGUUUGAAGAUUCCGAUGAGAGAGGGACUGUGGGUGAUUCAGGGAAUGUUAAGGAGGAAGGGCCCCUGUCCACAGGCAGCAGCUUUGUCCUCAGUAGUGAUGACGACGACGAAGACGAUGAUGACGUUUAAUCCCUUAAACUUGCUUUGUAGGGUGAUUCCUCCAUCUCCGUUUUGCCUCUGCUCCAGGGUAAUUACUAGUAGUGUUACAUGAACGUGUGUGCAUAGAGGUAGGAUGCCCUCAGAUCAAUGCAGUGAAGUGUUCGUGAUUAUCUGUACUGGCCGAUUUUAAAUAUAUGUGAACAAGUCAA